UAUAUAUAUAUAUAGCUCUACAUUUUGAGCUUUUGUUAGUUUUAGCCAAAUAAAAUUCUCUCCAAAAUUCCCAACCUAAUAAUUACUACUACUACUGCUACUUAAAAUUUGUCGUUUUCGUUGGGUUUUUAUUCAUUCUCGAAAUUUUCGCCCCAUUUUGAAAGGAGUUUUUUUUUUUGUUGGGGGUUUCAGGUGGCGGCAAAAUCAAUUUAGGGUUCCUUCUUUUUCUCUCUCAGAAAAUAAUUGAAAAGUAAAUGGCAAGCCAAGAUUACAUUGAAGAGAUUGACUGUGCAAGUUUCUUUGAUCACAUUGACGAUUUUAUCGAUUUCCCUCCGGUUAACGACACCCCUCUCGACUCCUGCAACGAUUUUCCGAGCAUUUGGACCAACACUUCUAGUGACUUGCAGGUGUCCACCAAUUCGGUAUUCAUUGGCAACAAAGGCGAUAACACCUUGCCUGCCGAAAUUUCUGUUCCGUAUGAAGAUGUUCAGCUUGAAUGGCUUUCAAACUUUGUGGAAGACUCAUUUUCAGGUGGGGGAAUGACCAUUAACAAAGAGAAAGUUGAGGUUCCAAAGGAGACAGUGGUUAUGCACCACCAUUUUCAGACCUCCAGUCCCGUGUCGGUUCUUGAGAGCAGUAGCAGCAGUUCCAGCUCCUCCUCUUACUCAACUGGUGGUGCUGGAAAUGGUAUGAUGAUCCCCCUUAGCCCAAUCCAACGUGGUCCACAACGGGCCCGAAGCAAACGUCCCCGGCCCCCAACUUUCAACCCACGUGCCAUGAUUGAACUUCUUUCUCCUCUGGUUUUUGUUCCCGUUUCAGCUCAUCCAGAGUCCGAAAACAAUUUCACGUCUCGCUGUGGGCCAAUUGCGGUUGACUGUGUGCCUGAGGAGAAGAAGAAAAAGAAGACAAAAAAGCCCAAGGUCGAAUGGAUCCCAGUAGAGGAAAAUGAAAACCAAAAUGAAAACCAAAACCAGUCAGGACAAGGAGUUAGGAAGUGUAUGCAUUGUGAAAUUACAAAAACACCUCAAUGGCGGGCAGGCCCAAUGGGUCCUAAGAGUCUUUGUAAUGCUUGUGGCGUUCGCUACAAAUCAGGGCGUCUGUUUCCCGAGUAUCGUCCUGCAGCCAGCCCAACUUUUGUUCCUACAUUGCACUCAAACUCCCACAAGAAGGUCGUUGAGAUGAGAACCAAGUUCGGGCCAAAUGACAUUUUGGCAAUCACGAAGACCAAGCCCGAGCCAGUGCUGAUCCCAAACAUUAACCAUGGAGUGGGCUACAUUUAAAAGCGGGUUAGGAUUAGGUGGCGGGUUUUGUUAUUGAGCUUUAGCAUGAUUUGUUUUGUUGAUUGUACAGGUUUGAAGGGAUAGAGAUGAUGAUGAAGGGUUAUAUUUAGGUGGUAGAAGUGUAAGCUUAAAAGAUAAGUUAGAUGUUAGAGAGUCAUUUUAAGUUGUUUGUUAUGUUGGGUUGAGGUGGGUGAUGGGAAUUCUUUUUGCAGUCCAUAGUCUUUGACAUUUAGAUAUGAGCUUUUAGUCCUUUGUUAUAUGCUUCCUUUUGAUCUUUGCUA